UGCAUGCACAUAAAUUAAGUUUGAAGAGAAGUGUAUGAUGGCACCACCCUUAUCAAUUUAAAGCCUUACUAGAUCAAGAGACAAGAGUAUCAAGAAGAACUAGCAGUAACACAAGUUCAGGUUGAGUAGUUGAAACGUGGAAGAAAGGAUAAGGAAAUUAAAAGCUUGGCGUUGAAACAAGCAAAGUCAAACCAAAACGCAAAGAUAUCAACCUCAUUAAACAAAGCAGUUAAACCAACUCGUGUCCCUUUUUUAGUUGAACAAAUUGGCAUUUACCUACUUCGAUGAAGGAACCACUUCAACUUCCACAUAGGAUAUAUUAUCCCACUUCAACAACCUGCGAAGAAAGUAAACUCUUCCCUUAGUAUAUAUAACUCCUCAAGUUAUAAUGGCCAAUGGUAUGGGUUUUAAAUAUAUCUGAUAAAGCAUGGCAGAGAAGAUAUCUUGGUGCUGUGUUCUGUUUAUGGCACUAAUUUUAGUGUUGAGCUGCUGCGAGUCAAGCACAAACGAGUUCAGGGUUCAGAUGCUGAUGCAGAGGAAUAUCAACAACAACAACAACAAGAAGGCGUGUGAUGAGAUAUACGUGGUUCGUGAGGGAGAGACUCUGCAAACAAUUAGUGAAAAGUGUGGGGAUCCAUAUAUUGUAGAAGAGAAUCCACAUAUUCAGGACCCUGAUGAUGUUUUCCCUGGCCUCGUUAUCAAGAUUAAUCCUUUCACGAACAGAUAGAAAGUCUUUAUAUUUUAUGGUCUUGUAGAAGAAGAUUACAAAUGGAAGAGGUACGGUUCUUCGACUUUACGUAAAGAAAACUAGAAAAGUCUCUCAUAUGUGCUCGGUUUAUGGCAAUUAAGAACAAAUAUGUCGUCUGUUAGACUGGAAGCAUCAAGGGUGGUACUGCAUCAUCAAACUCCUUGGUUGGUAGGGAAGGGUGGUGAUUUUUCGUAUUCCUUUUUUACAUCAUUUUACUUCAUGAGGAAGAUUAAAAAAGAAAAAAGAAUGUAAUGUGGAUGUAAAACGUGUGGAACGAAAAAAUCAAAGCUUUUAGUUGUAAGUAUAAAAUAAGGGUAAUUGUAAAGAUACAUGAUAGGUCAUUUGAUCUCUUUUUAUAUGACUUUAUAAUAUUUUUUUGUUUUUUUAA